AUGCGGAAAAACAAUUACUUUUGCCAAUCAACAAUCACCUCAUCAGUCGAAACAGUUACAGCAUCGCUUGGCUUCGCACCAGGUGAUGCUGUAAAUGUUUUGAUUAGAGGUCGUUAUUUGGCCGGAAUUGUUGAGGAUGUUGCUGAGGAUUUGAUAACUUAUUUUCACCCAAGCCGGAAGGCAAGGGAAAGUUUUUCAAUUUCCCAGCAAUAUGUCAAAAGUUCCAACCACAAAUUGUGA